AUGACAUCUGAGGUCUGUCAGAGAGCGAAGAUACAAUCCGCGUCACCUAUAGGUCCCCUGGGCAUCGAGGCUGCUCUUGAGGCAAAAGACAACCCCUCCGUCCAACCUCGCCCGAAAAUAUUCGACGAAUUUGCUUUGGCUGACCGUGUUGCACUCGUGUCUGGCGGAAAUGGGGGCAUCGGACUCGAAACAGCAAUUGCCCUGUGUGAAGCCGGCGCACGAGUUGUGUAUUGCUUCGAUCUACCUGAGAAGCCCUCAGAGGUGUUUGUUGCUUCCCAAGAUUAUGUCCGCAAGCUCGGCAACAAUUCGAGGCUCGAGUAUUUCAGGGCAGACGUACGCGAUCAGCAACUGCUGUGGAAGAAAGCGGAGGAGAUCGGCGAUAAAGAGCAGCGACUGGACAUUUGUGUCGCGGUUGCUGGGAUUGCCGGGCCCGACAUGGACUGUUUAGAAUAUCCUGCAGAAGCGUUCAAGGAAGCCUGGAGUCUUGCCCUUGACAAUCGUUCCCUCUUACUCAAGGUCAUAGACGUGAAUACAAAUGGGGUUUUCUUCACGGCUCAGGCUGCUGGGCAGCAAAUGGCACGCUUGGGUCGUGGAGGCAGUAUCAUAAUAGUUGCCUCUAUAGCGGGUAGUAUCGCUGCCCAGGUAUUGUUGCUUCCGCCUCAAGUGGACUGUAAGGAUUUACGAGCUCACUUCCAGGGCUUUAGAAUGGUAGCAUACAACUCGUCCAAGUCGGCUAUUUUGCAGAUGGCUCGCAGUAUGGCCUGUGAACUGGGAGGUAAAAAGAUUCGCGUGAAUACGUUGUCACCUGGUGUAAUACGUACUCAAUUGGUUGAGGCGUUUUUCGAUAAACAGCCUGAACUGCUCAAUGAAUGCUCCCGCAUGAACCCGCUUGGACGAAUCGCAAGACCCGACGAGCUUCGCGGCGUUGUAACUUGGCUUGCCUCUGAUGCGUCUACUUUCUGCACUGGAAGCAAUAUUAUUGUCGAUGGUGGACAACGCGCAUGGUAG